AGAGGACGUAGUUUAGUGGGCGGAUCUGAGGCAGCCAGUGGCAGGCUAGGAUAUCUCCGUCCGUGGCGUUAGCCAGACAGGCUAGCAAUGACGGAUAGGAUUACUACUGCCGGGGUCUGGAUUGUGAGCCGCCAGACAUGAUUUUAUGGAGCCCACCAUACAAGGCCUGAGCUGAUUUGUCAGCCUUGUGCAGGUUUGAUUUUUUGUCCCCCGAGUGUCCUCUGGAUAUCAGCUGACCAUGGUGGUCUGAAGAGAGGGAAGCCCGGCACAGUGUGUGUUCACUCUAACACAGCAAGAAGGCUCGACGAAGAGAGGAGCAGAGACGGACCGCAGCGAAGAGAAAUAGCUUAUUUAAACACAAAAUGUCUCAAAACGGAGAACUGGUGGCUUCCUACAUUAACUAUAAACUCUCCCAGAGAAACUAUCCUCUCAAUCACAUGGAGCUCUUGGAGCAUCCGAACAGGACUGAUGGGGAGGAGGCAGGGUUGGGUGAGGAGCAGAGGGUAGCAACGCACGCCAACGGGACUGUAAAUGGCACAAGUCCCGGGACCCCGCCGGCAUCCCCGCUGAGGCAGCAACGGUUGCCCUCAACGACGGACCUGGACGCGGUGAAAGAGGCCCUCCGGGACUCGGCCAACGAGUUUGAGCUGCGGUACGCCCUCGCCUUCAGCGAUCUGCACAACCAGCUGCACAUCACGCCGGCCACAGCUUACCAAAGCUUCGAGAAUGUGAUGGACGAGGUGUUCCGGGACGGGGUCAACUGGGGACGCAUCGUAGGGCUUUUUGCUUUCGGCGGGGCGCUGUGCGUGGAGUGCGUGGAGAAGGAGAUGAGUCCGCUGGUGGGCAGGAUCAUCGAGUGGAUGACCGUCUACCUGGACAACCACAUCCAGCCCUGGAUCCAGAGCCAAGGAGGAUGGGAGCGCUUUGCGGAGAUGUUCGGGCAGGACGCGGCGGCAGAGAGCCGGCGCUCCCAGGAGAGCUUCAAGAAGUGGCUGCUGGCGGGGAUGACCCUGGUGACCGGGGUGGUGGUGGGCUCGCUCCUCGCCCAGAAGCGCCAGUGAAGACCCCCUCCCCCUACAAGAAGAUAAAAUGAAGGUCCCAUUUGUCUCGUCAGAACUGCUGAUGAUGUUUACUCCCCCCUUCCUCCCUCCACACACACCUGAGGACUCCUCCUGUGUUGAACUUUGGAGUAAAAGCCAGAGGAGAGGAAGAGUUCUAGUAUUCUUGUGCGGUUAUAAAGAGUUGUUCCUUCUUCUCCUCUC